GAUUGCGAAGGUGCCGCUCUCCACAGCGCCCAGCGAGAGGAGAUUUCUUCCCCCGCUGCGUACUGCUCAUUGCCUAUUAGGAUCGGGCGUUUCGUUCUUCAGGAAAAACUUGUGAGGCGGCCACCUAGGCAGGGAUUCCGGCUGGGGUCCCCGCAGACCCAAACCAAGACCCAAACCAGGCAACCGAGGCCCAAACCAGGCAUGGCCGCGGACGCGGAGGCGGCGGCAGCCCGCACACUGUGCGGCUUCGUGCGGACGCUUCUGGUCCUGGUUUUGGAGCUACCGGCGCUCAUCGCAGAGUCCUUGAGAGUGGAGAUGGCAGGGAAGACUCAGACUGUGUUGCUGAAUCACAAUGCCAUCAUCUCCUGCAAGGUCCUUGGUUCUUUACCCCUGAACAUCAAAAAUGUGGGUGUUAUCUGGUCUCGGAAGAACCCAGUGGAUGGAACAGAUGUCACAGUGUUUGAGCUUUAUGGAGACCACCGAGAAGCAUUCCGAUCAGGAGCCAGCGUGUCUCUUCAGGGGCUGGCGAAGGGGGACGCCUCCCUGCAGCUCCCUGAGGUCCAGCUGUCUGAAGCAGGAGAGUACCGAUGUAAGGUGGUGAAUACCCCUGACAGGGGCCAGGGGACAGUCCUUCUGAAGGUUGUAGCUUGCCCAGUCAGCAGCUUGUCUGUGGAGGAAGCCAAGCAACGUCUUCUGUGUGAGGCAAGUGGGUUCUACCCAAAGAACAUUAACAUAACGUGGUGUAAAUGGAGCCAGGAGAAUUCCCAGUGUGUGAACAUUUCUGAGAACGUCACCACUAAUGCUGCCAUUGCGAAUGAAGACAACACAUUUAAUGUCACUAGCUCUUUGAAGCUGAAGCGCUCUCUGGAACACAAUGUGACCUACCAAUGUAGGGUAGAGCACGUGUUCUUGUGCACCCCCGGGAGGAGGAACAUCACCAUGCCUGAGAAUGGUAAGGAUCUUCCUGGAGGUGUCCCCCACUCUUCACCUGGAGGGGGUAUAAUGUAAAACUGAGGUUCCCAGUCAGUCUAGGCCAAGAUGGGCGCCACUGGGGAAGGAGAAGAAGGCUGGUUU